AUGGAGCGUCGAUCCAUGAGCUCUACUGUGGGCGGCAAGAAGGCUCCGCGCAGAAUCGCGUGUGUCCGCUGUCGGACUCGGAAGAAGCGAUGCGACCAUGUACUCCCCACGUGCGGUGAGUGCCGGCGGACCAACGCAGAAUGCGUGCAGUACGGGGUCAAGAAGGCGGGCUCGGUUGCCACGGUCCCGAUCGCCUAUCUCCAGCAGCUGGAGGAUCAGCUCGCCGAGAUGCAAGGCACGGCCGCCCAAGUCUCGGUCGAUGGCCCCAGGGAUGGUCUCCCGGAGCUCGUGGAGGAUGGGUCUACCACGCUGCAGGACCAGAGCGUCUACUCGUCCUCAUUCGACCACAGUUCUGAAGCCCCACAAGCUCAGUCCAUGCCAGGAUCUGACACUGUUCCUGGAGAUGCCUCGUAUCUUGGCGCAUCGGGUCCGCAGUAUCAAGUCCAGAGUUUCAAUCCGAGCUUCGGCGGCAAUAGCAAUAUCCAUACCCAGCCUCCGAGUACAGCACGACGGGAACAGCGUUAUUCAGUGCCGGCUGGCCUCUCGCAAUCUAGAUCGGAACUCUUUCCUGGCCUGCAACAAUCCACACCAUCUUGGCUUGGACAGAGCACCGUAGCGGCUCAAAAUGCGAUGCUUUCCAUUGGAGAAGAUUGGCUGGAUCACUAUGCUGAUAUCUACUUUGAGCAUGUGCAACCACAGUGGUCAUUCCUGGACGAGAACGCUUGGAGACUGACAUACUCCGUCUUGAAGAGUGACCCGUCUGGCCCUGAAGGAGCACAGAAAUUCAUCCUGCAGCUGGUACUCGCGAUAGGUGCUCUGAUGAGCAGCUCCUUUCGCCCCGACUGUCCACAUUUGUCUCAUGCUACGAGGCUCCAUGACGGAGCGAUAUGUGCCAAUCUUAAUCAGGCCACGCAGCACCCCUCCAGUCUUAUCCGGACACAGGCAUCGAUGCUCAUGUUGCUCUAUUCGUUCCAUGGUCCCUCACCAGACUCUAUUCCCGGCAGCAUCAUAUUGACGCUGAUGAAUUGCGCCAACUUGAUGAGCCCAGAAUGUCGAGACCCUGUGGCCGAUAGUCUUGGCGAGACAUACGAAUACGUUCGGCGCCACGCCAUUAUGAGCGCGCACAUUCUCAACGAAGUGGUGGCGUCAGCGUGGACAUAUCCACAGCCUUUUAUGUUUGAGUUUCUCGACGACACGAUAUACAACUAUGUCUCAAGAAUGACAUUCAGACGAGACGAGUCGGGAUUCUAUGAACAUCUCUUCCAACUCAGGUGUAUACAGUCCAAGAUUAGGCAUGUUAGUAAAAAGGUUCAGAAGCUGGAUGCUUCAGACCAGUUCCGAGAACAGUACCGCGUACGACUGAAGGAAGAAUUACGAGUCUGGAAGGAAGGCAUCCAAGAGGUUGUCCAUUCCAGUCCGAGAGAUGGGUCAAUUUACCACCAGCCCGGAUCCCUUUCAAAGCUCUACGACUACAGCCUCUCAAUCCUCAUGCAAGAGCGGCCUUGCAUGCAAAGUGUGGAAGAUGUUGGCCAGCUGGUGCAGGCUUGCAGCGAAGCUUGCCGCACCUUUCACACAUCACAAGAAGGAGACUCUGUGAUAUACUGGACAUGGUCCGCGCUCAUGUACCAGUUCCGCCUUGGAAUAAUGCUUCUAUACUGCUACGCCAUGACACCACCAAAUUUGCGGACUCCCGCUUUCACUCUUGACCUCACUCUUGCCGGCUUGGAGAGCUGUCGUAAGACGUUAGCUGGUUUUGCAGCUCGUUGGCCACGGGCACUAGUCUUCUUGCAGACAUACAAUCUCUUGGCAAAUUCGACAUUCGACGGCGCCGGUAUCAACCAGGGGGUUGGGCCAGGGAUGCUCGAGUCCCCCUCAUCGCAGUCACUCUGCGCAGCGUCAUAUUCUAUGGAUGAAGAGCGCAAGAACCAAGUUCGGACACACGUUAUUGAUCUCAAGAUGCUGCAUGUUCAUCAAGCUGUGGUGAUGCUGAUCGAAGAAAUGAUCUACAAACCGCGUCCCGAGGAGCUCAACUAUGACAGCUUUGACUUUGCGCCGAACAUGUCCUUUGGUGGUUUUGAUCUGUUCAAUUUCUCCGUGUAG